UCUAUGCUUUCUUUGCCCUUCUCUCUCUCUCUCUCUCACUCACUCUAACGGUGUCUUUCCGUCCGUCGGCGCUCAGGUCAGAACACUAAAACUCCGACCAACUCAUCUUUCAAAGGUUAGAAAUUAACGUAUUACCUUUUCCCUUUUCCCGGAAUAUUUUGUUGAGUUCUUGUACGGAAAUAUUUUGCUAGUAUAGGCCGGCCAUCAGAUCAGUGCUCACAAAGAUCACGUACGGAAACCGCCCGUUACACCGCCCUAGUCGCCAAGAACGUGAAACAAGCCGCGUCCGACAUGUCUAAAGUGAUGCAGGUUGAAAUAGAAACCAAACCAGAGAAAAGUAGUCAAGAAUCUGCCGGGAAUGAUUUCUGGCUUUUUUCCAAACAGUUUCUCCGCCGCCACGGGCUCCACCUGCUCGCAACAACCACCACCUGGUUCUUACUCUACAUCGCGUUUUACAGCCAAAAUCUUUUCCAGAAAGACAUUUUCUCUGCCAUUGGUUGGAUCCCAAAAGCCGAAACCAUGAACGCGCUCGAGGAGGUCUAUGGAAUCGCUGGAGCCCACACUCUGAUCGGCCUGUGCAGCACCAUGGCGGGAUACUUGUUCACGGUGGCAAUCGACAAAAUCGGGAGAUUUGCCCCUCAGGUAUUCAGUGUUGGACAAAGGAAUUUCCAUAACGGGCUGAACUCCAUCUCAACCUCUAUCCCCAAAAGGCCAAUGCUCUCUACAAAAAGAAUGGGUAUCGUCAUAACCUUCGUGACCCUAGCUCUGCUAAUCUAUGCGUGUAGUCUAUAUCAUGUCCCCAACUUUGAUAGCCAUUACCAGCGCCAGCAAGCUUCUGCGACUCAUUAUAGGCGAUUAUUGAUCAGCACUCCACCAAGAAAAAGUGCAUCUGCGACUCAUUCUAGGCGAUUAUUGAUCAGCACUCCACAAAGAAAAAGUCCAUCUGCUCCUAAAGUCUAAUUAAUGUUCUAGCUUCUAUGAAUCAUCAACGCAAACUCCUUUAAUUUCUAGUACGUUCAUCACUAUUUACACAAUUUGGUGUCUGCUUUGGGAUAGUAUGUAUUUGAUGUUGAAUUACCUCACUUUUCAUUGAAUAUAUGCAUAUUUAAAUUUCAUUAUUUUCA